AUGGCUCCGCGGCUCUCUUGGUCCGUCGCCAGAUCAUGGCAUGCACUCGCUUUCUUGGCGCUUUGGUCUGCUUCAACGCUGGCCGCUGGGAAGACUUCUGCCGACUACUACGUCCGUGAGCUGCCGGGGCUUCCCAAGGAUGGUCCCCCGAUCAAGAUGCACGCAGGUCACAUCGAGAUCACUGCAGAAACUAAUGGCAACUUGUUCUUCUGGCAUUUCCAAAACAACCACAUUGCGAACCGGCAACGAACCGUCAUAUGGCUCAACGGUGGGCCAGGAUGUAGUUCCGAGGAUGGCGCUUUGAUGGAGGUUGGGCCUUACAGAGUGACAAAGGACAAUACCUUGGUUCUGAAUAAUGGGACAUGGAACGAAUUUGCGAAUCUGCUGUUCGUGGAUAAUCCGGUCGGCACAGGUUUCAGCUACGUCGACACGAAUAGCUACGUUCAUGAAUUGAAUACCAUGGCAACUCAAUUCAUCACGUUCUUGGAAAAGUUUUUCGCGCUCUUUCCGGAAUAUGAACACGAUGACCUUUACCUUGCUGGAGAGUCGUACGCCGGACAACAUAUCCCCUAUAUCUCCAAAGCCAUCCUCGAUCGUAACAAGUUGAAAUCUCACAACGAAGCAUGGAGCCUCAAGGGUCUACUCAUUGGCAAUGGCUGGAUUUCUCCCCAAGACCAAUCCAGCGCGUACCUAAAAUUCAGUCUUCAGAAAGGUUUGAUUGAAAAGGGGUCCGACAACGCCCAGCAGCUCCAGCAUAUGCAAAGAAUCUGCGACAGAGAGAUGUCGAUCAACCCUGGACGCGUCGACUAUUCCGCGUGUGAGGCCAUUCUGAAUAAAAUCCUCCAGCUCACCCAGGUGGGCUCUGGUGACCAGGCAUGCAUCAACAUGUAUGAUGUCCGACUCCGUGAUUCGGCUCCCUCAUGCGGCCUGAAUUGGCCUCCGGACCUGAAGCAUGUCGAGCUUUAUUUGCGACAGCCUCAGGUUAUUAGCGCCUUAAAUCUUGAUAAGCAACGGAACACUGGCUGGCAGGAGUGUAGUGGCAUGGUCAACUCCAACUUCAGGAAUCAGAACUCGACAGCUUCUAUCUUGCUACUCCCCGAUAUUCUCAAAGAGGUCCCCGUCCUUCUCUUCUCCGGAGCCGAGGAUCUGAUUUGCAACCACGUUGGUACAGAGGAGUUGAUCAGCAAUUUAGCAUGGAAUGAGGGCAAGGGAUUUGAGGUUACGCCAGGUAACUGGGCUCCCAGAAGGCAAUGGACCUUCGAGGGUGAGGUCGCGGGCUUUUGGCAGGAAGCCCGUAAUCUCACAUAUGUUCUCUUCCAUAACGCGUCACAUAUGGUUCCAUUUGACUACCCACGACGCUCACGAGAUAUGUUGGACCGCUUCAUGAGGGUCGACAUCAGCAGUAUUGGUGGCCAACCGUCGGACAGUCGGAUUGACGGCGAGAAGGGACCAGAUACCUCUGUCGGCGGAGCCAAGAACAACACGCAGCAACACGAAGAAGAGACAAAGCAGAAGCUUGAUGAAGCCAAGUGGCAUGCCUACCAGCGGUCUGGCGAAGUCGUACUCGUGAUUGUCAUCAUUGCUGCCUCGGCGUGGGGCUACUUCGUCUGGCGCCAACGGCGCAAGGGUGCAACGUACUCUGUCUUACAAAGCGACGAGGCCGCUGGCCAGUCGAGGGCCGGGCUGGCCGCUUUCCAUGACCGUCAGCGCGAUCGUGACCUGGAAGCCGCUGCGUUUGACGAGACGACUGUUGACAACAUUCCGUUGCAGGAAUCGCCUGGUGGCGGGGAGCGCAAGUAUAGCAUUGGAGAGGACAGCGAUGAGGAAGAGGAGGAGACUACCAGGACGGGACACCUGGAUAAGAGCAGCUAG